AUUCUUACUUCUUUUUCUAUCGAGUUUUCUUGACCACUUCUACUGCCCCUGUUCCGCAUCCUGGAAUCUGCUCGCUUUUCAGGCACAGACACCUUCUCAGUUCUCACACAGUCACAUGUCCGCGCAAGUGACCCAGCUACAGCAAGCCUACACAACACCCACGGGUCACGAAUCGGUCGGACCCGUUAUUGCGGUUCUUGCGGUCAUCACCGUUCUGGGAGUCAUGGCCGGGAUGAUCGGCAGGCUCUGUUCGGGUCGUCGGGUCCUUGGCCAUGCCCGCUACGACUUCGAGAGCUGGUUCGAGACCAAAUGCUCCUCCUGCAUCGACGGCGGGAUUGCCCCUCCUCCGCCGCCGCCCGGGCAAAGAGAUGCCGUUGGAGACGGUGGCUCGCCGGAGAUCAAAGAAGAACAAGGAGUAGGAGGAGAAAACUCGGGGCAGAGCUCGCCGUCCACGACUUAGUUUCAUAGUUUAAAAACGAGACGUAAGUGAAAGUCAUGCUAUCAGAUGUCUGGGGGGAAAAAGAGAUGGCUCCAUGGAGUUUACAAGGAAAUUUUCAGAAUGUUGGAUGAAGGAAACAAAAUCAACAGCUUUUACUUUAGAUUUGGAUAUUAUUUUCCCUGUUUUGAAUUCUGGGUGCAAAUAAUUCAAGCCAAAAAUAUGUCGUCU